AAUCCUUCACCCAACUCAACUCUAUAAUUACUCCCAUUCUCAUAAACUCCAAAUUAAAAAAGAAAAAUUAAAAGACGCUUCGCUUGGGCUUGAUUUGCUCUCUUCACCCACCCCUGAUUGACUGAAUCAAGACCGUUUGAUCUUGAUCGAUCGCAAUCAUGGAGGUCCGACCCCAUCCAACGGCGGACAACUCGUCGGCCACACCGCGUCACCGUCAGCAUCCGACUACUCCCGGAGCUCGGGCGAAACAGCCCGCCGCUUCUCCCAACCCCGUCGACACCACCUCCGUCUCCCAGAGGUUGCAGAAGGAGUUGAUGUCUCUUAUGAUGAGCGGAGGGGAUCUUGGGGUAUCAGCUUUUCCUGAAGGAGAGAGCAUUUUUGCAUGGAUUGGCACAAUUGAGGGUGGAAAAGGAACAAUGUACGAAGGUUUAUCUUACAAACUUUCAUUGCGUUUUCCUGUGGACUAUCCUUUUAAGCCACCUGUAGUUAAGUUUGAGACAAUGUGCUUUCACCCCAAUGUAGAUCAGUUUGGCAACAUAUGCCUUGACAUACUCCAGGACAAGUGGUCUUCAGCUUAUGAUUGCAGGACUAUUCUUCUCUCCAUUCAGAGUCUUUUAGGAGAACCGAAUCCAGAGUCUCCUCUCAAUAGCUAUGCUGCAGCAUUGUUGAGUAACAAGGAAGAUUAUAGAAAAAUGGUCCAGAAGCAGUAUUUUGCUGGGGAAGUUUUGGAGAGUUGAUUCUCAUGAAUUUGUAAAAUCUGUAUAGCUGGGGAAAAUUGUCAUUUGAAAGUAAGGAUUCUCAUUGAAUAGUACAAGGUUGUUCUACAAACUCUAUAAUUGUGUUCCUUUAAUAACCGUAUAGGCCCGAGAAGCCAGAACAGACA